GCAUGUUUAAUACUUAUGCCUUCCGAUGAUUACUAUUCAUUGAGUUCAUUUUUUUAAUGCUUUUUACCAAUUUUGAAAACUUCAUAUUUGAAAUUUGAAAUCUCUCAAAAACAGGUCGCUAGAACAUGGCUUCUGAUCCACGACUGAGACAGAUGAAAAUUAAAACAAAUGUUGUUAAAAGGCUUGAGAAAGAAAUGAGAAUGUAUGAGAAGGAGGUGGAGAGUCUUGAGGAAAAAGAAAAAAUGGAAAGUGAAAAAAAGGAUGAAUAUGAUAUCAGAAAACAGAAAGAAGUUUUGGCUGAAUCAAAGAUAAUGAUACCAGAUACCAACAAAAGAUUGAAAACAGCCAUAGGCGACCUCAAGUCUUUAUUGGCAGAAACUGAAAAUGGGCUCUCACAUUGUAAGGAAUACGAUGAGGCAAAAACUCUGCUGCAAGCUGUUGCAGCAAAUACAACUGAUUGAAAACAUUUAAAAAAUAUGAUACUACCCUCUGACGCAUUGAUCAACCCUCUGUUGUAUUUAGUUCAAUGCCCUGACGUCAUUGUAAACAUUCCGUUGUUAAGGACAAGCUGUAUGAAAUAUUCGUUCGUGUUGUAAAAAUUUCGUUUUUACUGUUAGAAAAUGAAUUUCAUGUUAAAAA